AAGGAGCAUCAUGACCGACUCAUUGACUCAUCUUGAGCGACUCACCUUGGGGGCUUUAUAAAGAGGACCACCGACUCGAGCGUGACACAAACAAAUUCGACCCCCGACUCGCUGGAUGUCAACAGGUGCUCUAUCGUGUCCACGGUGAUGCAACACCUGUUCUCGAAGUUUCCGUCGAGUUCCAGAUAGUUCCACACGGACAUGGCAGAAGGAGACUUUUACACGCUGGGCAACCGCCAGAGGUUCCCCCGGGAUCCGUUCGGAGAGUCGCCCUUUCGGGAGCAGAUGGGCUCCCGCUUCAUGGAGGAUGACUUCGGUAUGCCGCCCUUCCCCGACGACCUCUCCAUGGACUGGCCGGGCUGGGCUCGACCCGGCCGGCUGAGCACCCGCCUGGGCUCGGCGCCCUUCGGCAGCGCCUUACGCUCGGGCUUCCCGGGCCACCAGCAGCGGCAGUCGGCGGCGGGGCCCUCGCUCUACGGCGGCCGCUACGGCGAGGCCUCCCCGCGGAGCUCCCCGACCACCGGCCUGUGCAGCGGCGGCAGCAGCGCGGGCGGGGAGCCGUGGAAGAUGUGCGUUAACGUCCACAGUUUCAAGGCGGACGAGCUCAACAUCAAAACCCGAGAUGGUUUUGUGGAAGUAUCCGGAAAACACGAAGAGAAGCAAGAAGAAGGUGGGAUCGUCACCAAGAACUUCACCAAGAAAAUCCAGAUCCCGAUGGACGUGGACCCUCUCACGGUGUUCGCCUCGCUGUCCCCCGAGGGCGUCCUCAUCAUCGAAGCUCGCCAGACGCCGCCGUAUUACCUCUUCAGCAACGAGGGCUCGCAGGGCUCCGGCGGGGACGUGCCGGGCGCCGAGGUCCCCGUGCCCCUGGCGGUCUAAUCCCCCCCCCUCCUCCUCGCCAUAUAGAAGAUGCUACAAGCUAGUUAGCCGCGAAGUGACUGCAAUAACACGCGCGAUGACGUCAUCGCCAUGCUGGCGAUGAAGCAACAGCAUCUGGACGGCCGAAAAACAAACCUCUGGAUGAGUCAUCGCCCGCCCUUUCCCCGAGAUCUGUUAUUUUUUCUCAGUCUUCCAAUUUUAGGGCCGUCAUCAAAAACAAGAACACUGUAGGUCUUUUUUUUUUGUUAGAUCCAAGAUGGCUGACGUCAAAGACCACAACGAUGCCUGAACAAGAACCCUAUUUGUUUUUGAUAGAUGCCUUUACAGCCCCUCUUUAAAAUACACUUUUCAAAAUUCUAAGCGGAGAGGAAGCUGGGCCUGUUACAUGGCAACAGCUGUUUCUAAGGGAGGGGGGUCGUAAACAGCCAUCACCUUUGAUUACCACAGUUCAAAGAAAAGGUCGCCUUAAGGGGAGUCAGGCCCUGCUUCCUCUCCGCUUUGUAGUUCUUGGGUCUGGACAAGAUCUUUCGGUGGAUUACAAUAGAAGAAAGAAACAGAACGUUUAAGUCGUCGCCAGAACGCUAUUGUUUAUUUGAACUGAUCUAAAAGUGAUUAGGUCGCUGGUGUCAAAGGUCAAUUAAAGGCCUACUGAAAUGAAUUUUUUUUAUUUAAACGGGGAUAGCAGAUCUAUUCUAUGUGUCAUACUUGAUCAUUUCGCGAUAUUGCCAUAUUUUAGCUGAAAGGAUUUAGUAUAGAACAACGACGAUAAAGAUCGCAACUUUUGGUAUCUGAUAAAAAAAAGGCUUGCCCCUACCGGAAGUAGCGUGACGUAGUCAAUUGAACAUAUACGCAAAGUUCCCUAUUGUUUACAAUGAUGGCCGCAUGAAGUGAGAGAGAUUCGGACCGAAAAAGCGACAAUUUCCCCAUUAAUUUGAGCGAGGAUGAAAGAUUUGUGGAUGAGUAAAGUGCAAGUGAAGGACUAGUGGGGAGUUGAAGCUAUUCAGAUAGGGAAGAUGCUGUGAGAGCCGGGGGUGACCUGAUAUUCAGCUGGGAAUGACUACAACAGUAAAUAAACACAAGACAUAUAUAUACUCUAUUAGCCACAACACAACCAGGCUUAUAUUUAAUAUGCCACAAAUUAAUCCUGCAUAAAAACACCUGCGUGUUUGUUAUGCUAGCUCCUAGCUCCUCUGCUAGCUCCUAGCUCCAUAGAACACGCCAAUACAAUUCAAACACCUGAUCAACACACACAAUCACUCAGCCCAAAAGACCGUUCACCUAACCCAAGGUUCAUAAAGCUUAUAUAUUUUUAAAAAGUUACGUACGUGACGCGCACAUACGGUCAAGCUAUCAAAUGUUUAGCAGCCAAGGCUGCAUACUCACGGUACCUGAUAUUCAGCUGGGAAUGACUACAACAGUAAAUAAACACAAGACAUAUAUAUACUCUAUUAGCCACAACACAACCAGGCUUAUAUUUAAUAUGACACAAAUUAAUCCUGCAUAAAAACACCCACGUCUUUGUUAUGCUAACUCCUAGCUACUAUGCUAGCUCCUAGCUCCAUAGAACACGCCAAUACAAUUCAAACACCUGAUCAACACACACAAUCACUCAGCCCAAAAGACCGUUCACCUAACCCAAGGUUCAUAAAGCUUAUAUAUUUAAAAAAAAGUUACGUACAUACGCAAAAAAAAAGUUGCGCACAUACGGUCAAGCGAUCAAAUGUUUAGAAGCCAAAGCUGCAUACUCACAGUAGCACGUCUGCGUCUUUGUCAUCCGAAUCAAAGUAAUCCUGGUAAGAGUCUGUGUUGUCCCAGUUCUCUACAGGCGUCUGUGUAUCGAAGUCAAAAGUCCUCCUGGUUAGAGUCUCUGUUAUCCGAGUUCUUCCAUCUUGACUGCAUCUUUCGGGAAUGUAAACAAAGACGCGCCGGCUGUGUACUGUUGUUGCUGACUACGUUCGAAAAAUACGUUUCGCACCAACAACUUUCUUCUUUGCUUGCUCAGCUUCUUUCUCCAUAAUGCAAUGAACAUGAUUGCAACAGAUUCACGAACACAGAUGUCCAGAAUACUGUGGAAUUAUGAAAUGAAAACAGAGCUUUUUCGUAUUGGCUUCAAUGUGGAAGGCAUACCCGUGUUCGCCGGGCUACGUCACGCGCAUACGUCAUCCUCAGAGGCGUUUCGAACCGGAAGUUUAGCGGCAAAUUUAAAAUGUCACUUUAUAAGUUAACCCGGCCGUAUUGGCAUGUGUUAUAAUGUUAAGAUUUCAUCAUUGAUAUAUAAACUAUCAGACUGCGUGGUCGGUAGUAGUGGCUUUCAGUAGGCCUUUAAGUGUUAAUUUCACCCUCUUUAAAAUUACAGGAUUGUUUUAUUCUAUCAGGACAAAAAAAAAGCUAUUGGUUUUGGGUUAAAAAAAAAAUGUCUUGUUCUAUGUCAGAACAAGAAUCUUAAAUUUUGACAAAUCCAAGAUGGCUGAUGUUUUUGGGGCCAAAAGUCAAAGUUGUCCCCUCUCCCUAAGACCCAAUUUCAACUUUUAAGAAUAUUUGUUGUCAGAGCACACAUUAUUAUUUUUUAUUUUUUUUGGACUGAUCCAAAAGUGAUAAGGUUGCUUGGGUCAAAUGUUGAAUCCCUCAUAAUUGUAUCCUUUUCUUCAAAGUUUGAGGAUUUUUUUGUGCUGUUAUGUUUUAUGGCAAAACAAGAAGGCUAUUGAUUUUUUGAGAGUGCCAACAGUCCGAAUGUUCUCCAAUGACACCAUUUUGACUGCCGUUUUAUUCAAACUUUGAAGGAUUUUUUUUUUUUUUAUGUCCGAACAAGAAUCGACAUUUGACUGUUCCAAGAUGGCUGCCGUUCCUGGGGUGAAAAGUCAAAUCAGUGUUUCUCCCUCCUUUUUAAACUCUCAAUGUCAUCUCCAAACUCCCAGGAAUUUUUGUUCUUCAUCAGAACAAGAAGCAUAUUCGUUUUAGGCUGUUCCAAGACGGCUGAGGUUGCUGCAGUCAAGUUCAAUUCAGCUUUUUUUAAAGAUAAUUUUUCUGUUAUUUUCUGGUGAAAUUGUCAGGUUCAAACACUGAUGACAUCUUAUUAAACAAGACAAGAAGCAAAUAAUUAAACAGAGACAAAAUUAAAUUUGGCUCAAUUGAGGAGAGACGCCUGGACACUGUACCCUUGAACAGUGUCUCACCACGCUCUGGCGAAAGAUUGUACGCCUCCUCUUUUAUUUGGACUUUCCCUGAUUACGUGUGAACAGCUGUUUCUAAGGGAGGGGGGUCGUAAACAGCCAUCGCCUUUGAUUACAACAGUUCAAAGAAAAGGUCGCUAUGAGGAGAGUCAGGCCCUGCUUCCUCUCCGUUUUGUAAAUCUUGGGUCAAGACAAAAUCUUUGGAUUACAAUGGAUGAAAGAAACAGAACACCAUGUUGCUUCCAUCCUA